ACUGAUCAGAAUUUGGUCUUAAAAAAUAUAAAACAUGAACUUUACAAAACAGGGUUAUUUACUUUUAUUAAUCAUUUAUCCCAUGCCAAGAUUCCAAUACUUAAAUUUACAGAUAAAAAGUAUGGAUUGAAGUUUGAUAUUAGUGUAAACAAUAAUGGAGGGAUUUUGGCAGCCCAGUACAUUAAGAAAAAAAUAGAAGAGGAUGAAAAUAUAAAAAUUUUAGCAAUUUUAUUUAAACACUUUAUUUAUAGUAGAAAACUGGAUGAUGCUAGUGUUGGUGGAUUAAACUCAUAUAGUCAACUUUUAAUGAUUAUGAACUACCUAGAAUUGCAUCCUUUUUACUCACGUAAUGAUAAAAACAUAUCUGUAGUAUUUUUUGACUUUAUACAAUAUUAUGGAUUUAAUUUUAAAUAUAAGAAUGUACAAAUAGACUCUGCUAGUAAUAUAUAUAAAACGAAUACAACCAACAGACUUUCUAUAAUUGAUCCUACUGAUCCAAUAAUAGAUGUUGGGUCUUGUUGUAAAAAUAUGGAUAAAGUUAUUGAGACAUUACAAAAUUUUUAUCGAUUAAUAUUAUAUCA